GUACAAAGGUAAAGUCAGCAAGAACACAAACAUGUUCUCACACACAGAAGGUAGUAACCAGCCCUAAGAAGCAGCAUCCUUUACCUGCACCUCUGCAAGAGAAGCAGUAUCUCUUCAGUCCAAGCAGAGACGUGCCUGCAGACUGCGGACCACUUGAAGGACACCUAAUUCCUAUGGCUAUUCCCCUAGGUCAAACGCAGAUAAGUGAUGUCUCACUGCAGCCUGCUGGAGUAGUGAUAGGCAAACCACACCCUGUUACAGUUACAACCUCUCUACCUCCAGUGCCACCAAAGCCAUCAAUUCAGACAAAAAAAGCAAACAUAGCUGUAAUAGAGAUGAGAUCAGAGAAAAAGGAUCCACCGCAACUGUCUGUACAAGUGUUACCAAAUGUAGAUAUUGACAGUAUUUCAAGUGGCAGCGUGAGUGUAAGCCAUGAACUUUCAGGCUCAGAAACAGCAUUUCCUCCUGUCAAUGCAGUAAUACAGACUCCAGAAGAUGUACAAAAGGAGGAAGAAGAUAUAAAGUAUCCAGGAACUAAUUUCAUUCAUGUUACCGAUAUCAUGCAGGAUCAGGAAGAAGAGAGUGAUGAAAUUCCAGAAUUCUGUGAGCCUCUCCUGGAGCUUAAUGGACAAUUGAAAGUUGCCUCUCCAAAAUACAAUGGUCCUCUGUAUCCUCCAGUGUCUUCUGCUCCUCAGCAGUCUUCGGAUGUUUUGGAUGAACUGAUUCAAAGGAGAGAAACUAUAGAAAACAGGUUGAUACAUUGGGUGGAACAAGAGAUAAUGGCAAAAAUUAUCAGUGGGAUGUAUCCAGCUCAAAAGGAAGUAGUGCCCAGUGUAAGCACAUCAGAAAGUGAAGACAAUGAGACUGUCACCUCUGAUAUUGUGGAAGUUGCAGGUGGUGGAGGAUUUCAACUCUUCGUCAGUGCCGGUGUGCCAGUGAACACAGAAGUGCUCAGCCAGUUUGUGAAUGAAGCUCUCAGUGAGACAAUUGCCACCAUGCUGGGUAACAGGCAGGCAGCUCCCGCUACAACUGCUGUUCCAAGUACUGCAAUUGUGCUGGAACCUCUUCUGCCUACUCCAUUGCCAACACCCCAGGCUACCCCACCUCAAACACCACCUUCAGAAAAGGAGCUGCCUCCGGUCAAAACUCCAGAGUCCUCUCCAUCUAUUACUGAAAUGAGCAGUGAUGUUCAUGAACGAGAAAAAAUGAAAGAAACAGAUGCAGGGCUUGAGAAUCCAGCUGCCACUAGCCAUGCUGGCACACCCGUGGUCACCCCUGCCAGUACACCUCCCAGAAUAACUACACCCAGCCCUCCUGCCUCCGAAGAGAUCUCUGCAAAAAUGGACAAUCCAAAGCUUCCCAACCCGUGGGAUGAUGCAGAACUCCCUCUGGAAGAGGAGAAACCCAGCCCCUUACAUGAAGAACCAUUCCAUCCCAGAGCUGU